UUUGUUUUUAGUGUCAACGAGUUGAACAAAAUUUCUGGUAGCCGGUAGCGAAUAUGUCCUGUCCCUAUCGUGUGAUCAACUUUGUGCUCCAGUUGCUGACGGCGAUCCUGGAGGUUGCUGCCACCGUGUGUCUCGUCCUGCUGCUCUCCUCGUCGUGUGUCCAGGGAAAUGAGUUCACCGUUUCGCCGACGUUGUGCCUGUUCAUUCUGCCGACGUUCGUCCUCCACAGUGUGGUGUUUGUCCUUUUUCGAUUGUGCUGCUGCACUGUGGGCCUGGAUCCAAUUUCGGUAGUGUUCAACUUUUUCGCCGGCCUGGCCGUAACCGCCACCUCUCUUUUCUUGCUUAUAGAAGUGAUUAUGCAACACUGCGGGAACAAUUACCUGUUCAUGUUUUAUAUUGUCUCGUCCUUUGGUCUUGUAGCAGGAUUCAUGCAUUUGGUAAAUGCUUUCGUCUGCAAUCGAUACAUGCCCAGGAGCGAAAGGUUGUACCUGAAGCCCUCAAAGAAGCAGAGGAUGAAGGCCUUCAGAGAGAGACCCAGGGGAAGUCAGUAA